CUUCAUACACAUGCGGUUUUUUGGAGAAUGAGGACCAUCACUCUCAUGCUGGCGCGGUUGCUUCCCCCCCAUACAACACCCAGGUCCAUUUCCACCACACGGGCAGCAUGACCAUCGAUCGCUACUACGGCCACGGGGCGUCGCGGUGGUGAUUGGACGGAACAUCUGGAAACGGCACCAUGGGAAUUUGUUGAUCGAUGAACGGAGAAACGACAACGAACAGAAGAUGAAAUCUUGAAAUCCGGAUCGAAGACACAAUGACAUUUGGAUGCUGAAUAGAAAAAAUUAUUAUUGGAAAGGAACUCAUCCUGCUGACGAAAGAAUCUUGAAACCUAGAUUCUCUUCAACCUCUCUUUGUAUUUGAACGAUCGAAAAAAUAUCUCACUUCGAACAGAUUUCAUUAGAAUAUGUAAUUCGGUAUUUUAUCACUCUGUUGGUUUUUUUGAAGAAAGAAAGAAUCGGAUCAGGAAAUUGUUUUUAUUGCGAAAGCAGUUGUCGUUGCAAAUCUAGGAGUCUCUUGUUGUUUAUCACUAUUUAGAAAAAAUCGAAGGUUAUACUUUUAUAGGAAUAGUCUGGUGAAAUUGAUGGCAAUGAGAUCGGAGAUGAAGAGAUGGCGAUCAAGUUGGACACUUUUAGGGCCUUGAACAUUUGAUGCCGUGCCCGGGCACGGAAAGAAAGAAAGAAAGAAAGAAAGAAAGAAAGAAAGAAAGAAAGAAAGAAAGAGGAUCAGGCGAGAUCACGACCUAUGAAUCUAUCAGUUCUUUUCGAAAGAGUAACAGUAAGAGCAGGUGUUGCAUGUUGAGUGAGGACAGGUCAUUUUUCCCCGAAAACGACCUUAGCAGCAACUGCAACAAAACAAUGUUGCGAUGCGCUACUAGUUAAUUUCUACUUUAAUUACGUGCACACGACAGAAAUCAUGAAAGCGGAAAUGUCUUCUUCGAGCUCCGCAAGCGGUCAGGUCGUG